AUGCUGCGUUCAUUGACCUUGCUCGCCCGACGAUCAUACACAACGGCUAACAAUGCCCCUUCCUACUUUGUCUCACGCACCUCCAACAAUGGCAUUCCCGUGUACACUGAUUUCAAAAACGGCGGCACCCAACACUUGACUAUCAUUCGUCGCAUUGAAGGCGAUGCUGAAGCACUCAAGAACGAGAUCGUCGCUCUGUUUCCAGACGCACCCAGCAACUUUGCACGUGUCAACCCUGUCAACAACCAUAUCAUUCUCAAGGGCAUCCACAUGAACGAGAUCAAGGAAUGGCUUAUUCAAAAGGGAUUCUAA